AUGAAUUACACGCGGUUUAUCACAGCGGCGAGCGCAUCAAGACAGCCUUCUCCCAUCGGCGUACUGACUGAUAUAUUGAGCACAGCACCAAAAUCGGUCAUCUCCUUAGCUACUGGAUCACCAAAUCCGAACAUGUUUCCUUUUAAGGCUGCUGUUAUUACCAUAGAAAUUGGAAAGACCAUCCAAUUUGAUGAAGACAUAAUGAAGAGAGCACUUCAAUAUUCCCAAAGUGCUGGAUAAACUAUAGAUAAUAUAAUUUUCAUCCCAGAGCUGUUGUCCUGGCUAAAAGAGUUACAAGUAAAAUUGCACAAUCCUCCCACCCUUCAUUAUCCACCCAGCCAAGGACAAAUGGAUAUAUGUGUCACAACUGGCAGCCAAGAAAGUCUUUGUAAGGUGUUUGAAAUGCUCAAUCGUAAAGAUAACAUCCUCUUAGAUGAACCUGUUUAUCCGGGAGCACUUCAAGCUCUGCACCCACUGGGCUGCAACAUGUUUAGUGUUUCCAGUGACGAGUAUGGGAUGAUUCCAGACGCCCUCAAAGAAAUACUUUCCAGAUGGAAACCUGAAGAUUCAAAGAACCCCGAGAAAAACACCCCCAAAUUUCUCUAUACUGUCCCCAGUGGCAACAACCCUGCCGGAACCUCAUUAACAAGUGACUGCAAAAAGGAAAUCUGUGAGCUCGCAAGGAAAUACGAUUUUCUCAUAAUAGAAGAUGAUCCUUACUAUUUUCUUCAGUACAACAAGCCCUGGGCACCGACAUUUCUUUCCAUGGACACUGAUGGCCGUGUUAUCAGAGCUGACUCUUUUUCAAAAAUCCUGUCCUCUGGGUUGAGAAUAGGGUUUAUAACUUGUCCAAAACCUUUGAUAGAGAGAGUUGUUUUACACACACAAGUCUCAACAUUGCACCCCAGCACUUUUACACAGCUAAUGGUAUUGCAGCUUCUUCACCACUGGGGAGAAGAGGGCUUCCUGGCUCACGUAGAGAGGGUUAUUGAUUACUAUAGGAAGCAGAAGGAUGCAUUACUGGCAGCUGCAGACAAGUGGUUAAGUGGUUUGGCAGAAUGGCACGCUCCUACUGCUGGAAUGUUUGUAUGGAUCAAAAUUAAAGGCAUUUCUGAUGUAAAAAAACUGAUUGAAGAAAAAGCCAUUAAGAAAGAGAUAUUAAUGGUUCCUGGAAAUGCUUUCUACAUCGAUAGCUCAGCUCCUAGCCCUUACUUUAGAGCAUCCUUCUCUUUGGCUUCUCCAGAACAAAUGGAUACGGCUUUCCAGAGAUUAGCCCAACUUAUAAAAGAAUCUAUAUGA